CGCGGCCGUGCUUGAUCACCCUCCAGCAGUUGUCAGGCGAUCGAGAUGACUCUAAUAUCUGCUGCCCUCAACAACCUUGACGUGGGCAGUAGCAUGCUGCUUCCAGUCUCCCUAAGCGUUGUUGCCCACAUUGUCUUCAGGAAGUUCGAGCCAAGGGAGUUAUUACCUCUCGCUGCUCUACUGGUUGUAGUGCCUGCCAUACUGGCCUACUUGCUAUGCAACGCUCGCGAUUCAUUCAUUUGGACGUCAUCGGCCGCAUAUCUGAGCUACUACGCAGCAUUAUUGACAUCUACCGUCAUAUACCGGUUGUCUCCUCUGCAUCCAAUGGCAAAACACCCCGGUCCGAUCAUGUGUAAGAUUUCCAAGAUAUGGCUGGCGUAUAUUGUAUCUCGGGGUAAACUACACGUUUAUCUGCGUCAAUUGCACGAAACGUAUGGACCUGUUGUCCGAGUUGGACCCAAUGAAUUAUCCAUUGUGGAUGCCGACUUGAUUCCGUAUAUUAUGGGACCCGAUGGCAUGCCGAAGGGCCCUCUUUGGAGCGGGCGUCGCAUUGCAGGAAGGAGCGGCAACGCGAAGGACCCACGAGGCAACCUCAUCGCUGCUCGGGAUAAGCGAGUUCAUGCUGAGGCCAGGCGAGUAUGGAAUCGCGCAUUCACGCCUGCCUUCAUCAAGGCAUAUGAACCUAUCAUUACCCGACGUUUGGAGGAGUUGAUGGAUAGACUCAGAGAAGCCACGACACAACGCAAACAAGUUGAUGUUGCGCAAUUGUUGAGCUGGUUCGCCUUUGAUUUCAUGGGUGACAUGGUAUUCGGGGCUUCAUUCAACCUGCUAGGAGACGGCGACAAAAGUGGCCUAUGGCACAUUCUGGAGUCGGGCCUCUAUCUGCCAUCACUGACAGAACAGAUUCCAUGGAUUGCAAAAAUCAUAAUUUAUCUGCCGUUCGUCGGCAAGCAGAUGAAGACCUUAGGACAGUUUGCCUACCAGCAGGCCACCCGCAGACUAAACGAGGGCUCACCUCACAAGGAUUUAUUUUAUCACCUUCUGAAUGAAGGCCAUGAAGAUGAUUCUGAACCGGUGCCGUGUUCAAUGCUUGUUAACAAUGCGGUUACCGCCAUUAUAGCAGGCUCCGAUACAACUGCCACCGCACUGAGCUGUGUAUUCUAUUUCAUGCUCUCUCGCCCUGAGUGCUAUGCUCGCCUGCGUGACGAGGUAGACACAACGUUCCCCGCAGGAGAAGGCCUCGCAAACGAUAGUACGAAGUUUGCCAAUAUGGCUUAUCUCAACGCUGUCAUAAACGAGACCCUUCGUCUCUAUCCGUCUCUCCUUACCUGCUUACAACGUGCUCCCACAGCUGGCAGUGGCGGCCACAUGAUUGGUACCAAAUUCUUUAUUCCGGAACACUCGGCCGUGCUCGUGCCACCAUACGUGCUUCAUCGCGAUCCUCAAUACUUCUCUCCCAACCCAGACGAGUUCAACCCGGAUCGUUGGCUGAUGGCGGGCAAGGACGAGAAUAUAGUUCUCAAUACAAACGCUUAUAUUCCAUUCUCGACUGGAGCGAUGAAUUGCAUCGGGAAGCCCCUGGCGCUGCUCGAACUGCGCAUGGUCAUCGUAAAUCUCCUGCGUACCUUCGAUUUCGGCUUGGCCAAAGGAUACAAUCCGGAGCAGUGGGACGCUGACGUACACGAUUAUUUCGUGAUUCAGAAGGGCCCUCUACCUUCAAUCGUACAGCUGCGAUAGUAGUGAUACAGAUAGAUCUGGAAUCGUCUCAUCGAUGUAGUUGAUAUAUCCGAAUUUGUUUGUACUUUAUCGCUGUCAUGCUUUCGAACUGCUGGAUAUUGACAGACGCGCAAAGCGCGC